CCACGUCAGCAGUGCCACGUAAGCAGUGCCACAUCAGUCACAGUGCCACCUAGUACGCAGUGCCACGUCAGCAGUGCCCCGCCACCAUGACGGGAGCAGCUCUGGGCAUGCCAGGCCAACUGGCCAACGAGUCCCUUGCUGACUACAAAAAGCAGUUCCAGGCUCAGAUCGCACUGAUUGAGGCUGAGGAACAACGCCAGCUGGCAGCCGAGGCUGCCCGCCUACACGCUGAAGCAACGGCAACAGCUGAGAAGCAGCGGCUACAGGCCGAAGCAGGCGCAGAUACCCAGGCACGCCGCAACGAGGCCAAGGAUCUGCUGCAGCGGCAUGAAGCUGCUAGCAUCGAAAGACUCAAGUUCUGGCACUUUGAACCGUCCAACGACGACGAUGCGACACCAGAGGAGCUGCACAAGGAAUUCCUCUCCAAACUCGUGACRCGGUUGCUAUAUGCUUGCAACUAUCAACAGUCCGAGCUAGAGAGACAGAACCAGGAACUGCAGCAACAGUACCACGAUCUGAAGAAACAGCACCAGGAGUUGGCAAACCUCCGCCGGACAGUGAAGAGCCGCGAGGAUGCUACACGGGCACUCAAUUCCCGUGUACUGGACCUGGAGCAAGCUGUACCAGGACCAAACGCUGGGGUAUCCAGCAGUGCACCCCCUAACCGCCAACUGGAGGAACGCGUCGACCACGUCGUCGCAAUGCUCGGCGACAUCAGUACCUUCGUUGCGCCAACCACCAUCAGCAGUCAGCUAGAGACCUUGAAGACCGAGGUCCAGCAACUGCAGUUGCCUAAUACAUAUGGCAACAGCUCAAAUCAAUACAAGAUGCCAACUUUUCAACUCGAGAAGUUCGACGACUACACGCAUCAGGACCCAGUGCUCUGGUGGGAAGCUUUCACAACGCAACUUCGGAUUCUGCCUGUCGCCAAGCACGUGUACAUCGGCUCCCUGUUCAUGAACUCAAAGGGUGGAUGCCCGAUCUGGUUAACUUACCUGGCAGCCACCCACGGCGUCGACGUCGUAAAUCUGAGAGACAAGAUCACAUGGGAAGAGUUAACACGGCUGUGGAAGAAGCGAUUCAUCGUCGACGACGCACCAACACUCGCCAUCAACCGUCUCUUCACCAUGACUCAAGGCAACGCAGCAACACGUGACUGGCUCACGAAAUGGCAGGAGAUCGCGGCAACGCCCGAUCUUGACUUACCAUUUUCGUAUCUGCGUUGUAAGUUCUAUAACAGGUCAUGCGCUGCAUUGAGCCAGACACUCGGUGAUCGCGAGCAGUACUCAACUUUCACCGAGAUUAUUGACAAGGCGAGAGAGAUCAUCAAGACCAACAGGUCCGCUGCACACGAGAGAUCAGCAUGGUAGCCAACCUAUGUGGAGAAGGUAAAGACUGGUCCGCGGACGCAGCAUGUCGCUGCAGUCCAUUCAGACAGUGGAGAAGACCCAGCAGCCGCCCAAGC